AUGGCCGCUUCAGCAGACCAGGGGGAUGACCCGUCCCAAUGGACACGAAUCGUACGCAAAGGCAAAAAGGUUGGCCGCCAGAAAGAGGUCCUACGCCUGCCUGUCGGCGGCCCAGCUGAAAACUUCCACCCAAACGGUUUUCCACAGCUCACCGUCGACGACAUCAAGGCCGACCACCACAGGAUUGGGUCCAAGUGGCAAGCAACAAAAUGCCACGAGCAGCUUUGCAAAAUCAUUGAAGACAAUUCUGCUUCUCAUGACACAAUCACCCGUGCUGUCUGUCUUGGUCUAGGGCCCUUCGAUCCUGAGGAUGCCUCUUGGUCUGCUCAACGGCGGUCUCACAUCCAGCUGGCGGCUUUCCUGGCCAUUGUAGAAGCUCUUAGAGCAGAAAGUGGGCAAGAGAUCGAGACAAUCUAUCAAGAACCACGUUUUACUCAACCAGACAAGGAAUUCCUGACCGGUCUGGGUGGAAAGACUGUAGACUCGCCCGGUGCCUACGAGCUUAUUGACAGAAGCACACUGAUCUUCGGCGUGCAUCUCUACCGAGAUAUAUGGGCAGCGGCGCUCAAGGAAAGUCUGCCAGCAAUGUGCGUGGGCACAGGCUGGGACGUCUGGGAGGAGAACCCCGGUGCCGAUAAGAGCCCCGACUUUGAUCGGAUUCGAGAAAUGGACGCCGCCUUCGACAAGAUGCCUUUCCCACAGGAUGACUACAGCUCUUUCUCCAGCACAUGCAUCUACUGGAAGAAGCAAGAUGUCAAGGACGAAGCCCCGGAACAAGAUGCUCUGGAAGACUUGCAAAGUUUGCGUGUCAGUUGA